GAGGACACAGACGUUUAACUGCGUUUACCAUUAGAUUGCCAGUGCUACAUCUUCAUCCCUGAGCUUGAUAUCCAAGUCUGUUGGCAACAGUUAGAUCUAUCACUCUACACUAUUGUAAAACAAUGCCUGCUGGCUCCGAAUUGACUUUCGUAAUCAACAGGCAGUGUCUGUAGGCAGUGGGAAAAUGAACAAAGCUGUCCAGAUAAGCUAGGGGUGCAGACGUUAGCUAGCCUACUAGCUAUUGCUACGGAUAGAUUACCUCUAAAACGAGUGUAACAAACACUACAUGGUGAUGGACUUUCCGGGUCAUUUUGACCAGCUCUUCCAGCAGCUAAACUACCAGCGGCUGCAUGGGCAACUGUGUGACUGUGUCAUCAUGGUGGGCAGCCGGCACUUCAAAGCACACAGGUCAGUGCUGGCGGCCUGUAGCACACACUUCCGCGCGCUCUUCACCGUGGCCGAGGGCGAUGCCAGCAUGAGCAUGGUCCAGCUAGACUCGGAGGUGGUGACCGCUGAAGCCUUUUCUGCGCUCAUUGACAUGAUGUACACGUCCACGCUCAUGCUGGGGGAGAGUAAUGUGAUGGACGUGCUGCUGGCUGCUUCACACCUGCACCUCAACGCGGUGGUGAAGGCCUGUAAGCACUACCUGACCACUCGCACUCUGCCACUUUCGCCCAGCAGUGGCCCCCAGCAGCACCAGAUGCACCGCACAGAGGCCCCUGCGGGGGGCGCCAGCAGCACCAGUGCCAGCCCCAGCUCACGUCUGCAGCGGUCCUUUCUCUUGCAACAGCUUGGCCUGAGCCUCGUGAGCUCAGCCCUCAGUGGUGGACUGGUUGAAGAAGGCAGAGAGGGGCGAGAGGGUGCCGUUGAGCAGCGGCCAUCCUUCCCCAACCGUCGCCUCCACAAACGUAAACCCAACCUGUCUCUGCUCGGCUCGGAGGCAGAGCGGAGCAGACAGCGGCUCCGUGCCACAGCUGCGUCUGACGGGAUGCUGUGCGGCGAACUGGCCAGUGGCGGCCCUACAGAGUCAGGGCUCCUCUCUCCGGACUCCCAUAACAAGCUUGGAGAGGACUCCAAACCAGAUAUUGUUUCAGGAGUAGCUGCCAUGGACGCGGUGGCCAGCAGUGGGGUGGACUACAGCCGUCGCUCUGUGGUGCAGGAGGACGCACAGAUGCCCAGCCAGUCAGAUGGGGGUAGGGGAGGCGAAGGAGUAGAACCUCUGGGGAAAGAGGAGUACGCAGACGCUGAUGGAGAAGAGCAUCUGCUUGGAGACGGGCAAGGGAAAGAGGGUGAGGAUGACAAGAUGCAAGUGGUGGUGAAGAGUGAGCCGGUGAGCUCCCCUGAGCCUCAUGACGCUGGAAGUGCUGGAGCCUCACCUUUAAAAGGUGCUGAUCAGUCCGAGCCCUGCGUGGAAAAGAGCGAGCUAAGUCCUGUUGGCAGUGAAAGUAGCUACAGCACCCCUCAGCCCAGCACAGAGCGGCUACGGCAUGAACGAGACAGAGACAGAGACAGAGAGAGGGAGGUUCGAGCAGAAGCACGGGGAAGUGACAGUCUCGAUCCUGGCUCCCCAGGUUUCCGCAUUUCAAACUUUUUAAAUGGGAGGGGUUUUGGAGAUGAUGUGAUUGGGAACGGGGCUAUGUCCACCAACGAAGGCCGAUUCUUACUUGGCACUGGCGAUGGACUCAACUCCUCUUCCUCCUCCUCUUUGCUGCUUCCGUCACAACAUCUGCUUCAGGGGGAGGUGCAGAGCUUCGGGGAGGCGCAGGCAGACUCCUUGUUUCUGCGGCCCGUCCACGACGGCUCACUUGGGUUGCAGAGAGGGAGUGCCAGUUCAGAUGCACUCACCAUUGACUUCCAGCGCUCAAGUCUGGGCCUCCACUCGCUCCCCCGACCUUCCAGAGGACACGCUGUUACUUCUGGAAUGGUGAAUUACCCGGGCUACCGUCGCAUAGCUCCGAAAACUGCCCUUGGUGGUCCUCCUCAGCAUCAAGACCCCUCCUCCUCCUCCUCCUCCUCCACAUCAUCCGCGGGGGGAGCCAUGUUGCUCAACGGAGCUGCUUCCGGCUUUGAAGGGGGCUCCGGGCUUCCCGGCCACCCGCAGCUCACACGUGCCUCUGCUGACGUCUUGUCCAAGUGCAAGAAAGCUCUCUCGGAGCAUAAUGUGCUGGUGGUGGAGGGGGCGCGCAAGUACGCCUGCAAGAUCUGCUGUAAGACCUUCCUGACCUUAACGGACUGCAAGAAGCAUAUACGUGUGCACACGGGUGAAAAGCCCUACGCCUGUCUCAAGUGUGGCAAGCGCUUCAGCCAGUCCAGCCACCUUUACAAACACUCCAAAACCACGUGCCUUCGCUGGCAAAAUGGCAAUCUGCCCAAUGCUCUGCUGUAGAAACCAAUGUAGACCACUUUUAAGACUAUAGCGUGAGAUCACACACACGCGCACACGCGCUCACACACACAUAC